GUGAGGGAGAAAGAGAGGAGCAGACCGACGUCCGUUAGUAGUUUAGUCGCCGGUCACUCGGCUGAAAACACGGAUCCAUUAAAACUCUAACGGACGGAACCGGACAUUUAAACUAGUUUCAGCGACAUGUUUUUAGCUUAGCUGCGUUCAAACUACAUGUAGCCUACCCGGCUGUACCGGCACUUCUGCGGUAGGCCGACAGAUAGAUAGGCAGAUAAAUAUAUACAUUUCGGAGGAAGAGGAGGAGAAACCGGAGCGAGGAGGAGGAGAGAACCGAAACAGGAGGAGGACGACGGAGAGGAGACCCUAGGAGGCUGGAGAGAAAAAAGGGAGGAUUUUUUGGGGGGGAGUUUGGCGUAGUGUUGUUUUUUGGGCUCCUCUCCUCCAGCCUUUUCCCCUGUCUGGAGAAAAAGCCUAAUGGUUGACUUCAGGAGGCUUUAAAUGAACUUGAUGGGUGUUUUAAACGCCACCGCCAAUGUCUCCUGUACAUGUAACUGCAAGCGCUACACCUCCCUCCAGAGCAUGGAAAUCACCCAGCUGGAGUUCGUCCAGAUCCUGGUGAUCGUGGUGGUGAUGAUGGUGAUGGUGGUGGUCAUUACCUGUCUGCUGAACCACUACCGCCUAUCAGCUCGCUCGCUGCUCUCCAGACACGCCCCCGCCCGCAGGAGACACCUGCCACUGGCCAGCGAGGGGAGUCUGUGGUCUUCUGACGGCACGGGGACAAACAGUGGUCUAAAUGAGCACCAGGUGUACAACCCCCGGCCCCCAGACAGAGGGGCCUCGUCCUACCUGCAGCGGGACCCCCAGCCUCAGCCCCAGCGCUUCCAGCACACCUUCGCCCCGACGCGCUUCCAGCCAACGUACCCCUACCUGCCGCAGAGCCUCAUCGACCUCCCACCCACCAUCUGCCUGUCGGACGGGGAGGAACCCCCACCGUACCAGGGGCCCUGCACACUGCAGCUCCGAGACCCCGAGCAGCAGAUGGAGCUGAACCGAGAGUCGGUGAGGGCCCCGCCCAACAGAACCGUGUUCGACUCCCACCCUCUGCACCCGUCACGCUCCUUUCUGCAGGCCAGUCUGCAGGCCCCUCCUCCCAGCAUGCACUCUGGCGUCAGUGUGUUGGAAGCCCAGGAGUCCCGGCAUCAGAAGCAGGCCUCUCGAGUGGAAGGAGCCCCCCCGACCUACAGCGAGGUGAUCGGGCACUACUACCACCCGACGUCCCUGCCCCCCAGCCACAGCCAUCGGACUGUUUCCUCCUCACAAGCCCCGCCCCCCUCCUUCAUACACGGCCUGCUGCGACCUCCACACCCGCAGCAAGGGAGCGUGGACAACAGGAACGCCAGGAAUACCAAGGAGAAAUCCCAGAAGCCCCAGCAGGUGUGACAGUACCGCUUCCUUACAAAAUGAAAGAAUUGAUUUUGUCUGUUUGGAAGUGGUCAGUAGCCAAUGAGGAACAACGUGGUAAAAAUCCACUCUGAUGGUAAUUUGUAGUGAGGUCAGUUUCCCCACUUCAUGGAUCUCCUUUAGGUAAGAACACAUGGAAACCACAUCACUCCUGCAGAGCACAGUGGCAGGAGAACAUCUGGCACUUCCUGUUCCACACUUCCUAUUUCCUGUCUGAGGAGCACUUCAGAUGAUGAUGUCAGAGAAGAAGGGCAGAGGGUGCAAAGGGAAGCCUCCUUCUUCCCUUGACGCCUCCCUCCUUCAUUAGACUGAUCGUACUAGUCUCCAUUCAUUAUAAAUAUGUUCUUGUUUUGUUUGUUCCUAUAGAACCUUUUGUUUGUUUGUCUUUUUCGCGCUUACAAAAAAUCUUUCUACCCAGGCAAAUGGCGAAAUGUUGCAAUCUUCUUGGUUCUUCCAGGUUUUUGUUUUUAUUUCCUAGUGAUAAUCCCCCCCUCGCUGCUUUGACUCCAUUAUGUUCUUUGUCAAAUGUUAGCUGCAACUCCUGCAUCUGGCUUUAGCUGUAUCACUGGGACACGUUAGCACGUUAGCAUAUUUCCAAGAGUUUAGAUUUAGUUAGCGUUAUCUGAACCUAGCUUAGCCGUCAUAGCACAUCGCUAAAAGUCCCCGAGCUAAACGUUUCUGCCUUAUAUCGACCGAUGCAGGAGUUGUCACUAAAAUCCUUUUUUAUUUUAUGUUUUCUAAAGAAGGUUUGCACAAAGUUCACGACUGUUCAACACAGAAAAAAGGAAUCUGCAAUAUGAUUGAUAAAGGAGAAAACAGAGAAAAGUAGGGGUAUUUUUCUAAACUUUAUAGAUUCUUAUCGUUAAGAUAUUUAUUUUCUGUUUUACAUGUUGUCUAGUUUUAGAAAAAGGAAACACCAUGAAUCUGUUGGGGUGCCAACUUUCACAUUUUGCUACAUACAUGUGUUACAUUUUGAGUUUAUAUACGAACACACGUAUGCAAACGGAGAGCGAAGUUAAAAGCACGAAGAGAGUUAUUUAUAUAAAUGCUGAAAAGAAUUGCACUAUUUUUUAGUAUGAGCAGAUGGAACGUGUGAGAGAGACUUUUACUUUGAAGGAGCUCUGUCAAGUGAGGCGUAAUAUAAAAAGAGAAAACGUAGAUUUACCAGAGGGGCGGUGCACAGCAGCAUGUAUCACGGAAACACAUCACACUCUGACUUUGGAUCAACCGACUCGGAUACAUUACCGUACCAUUGAUAUCAAACAAAUAAAUCCCUCAUUUAUGCAAAUAUCCGAGUCCUGCGAGCCAACCACAGGUCAGCCUUCAACCUGUUGGGCCCAAUCAGAAACUCUGCUUGUAGUUCUCUCUCUUCCUAUUGGCCGAAUUGUUAGCCAAUCCCAAAGCUGGCUGUCGCUAUCUCGACCAAAACGAGCCUCCAGUUUUCUCACGUUAAUCAGACUUUUUCACAAACAAACGUCUGACCUAAUCUCGACGCUGUGUAAUGUAACAGGAGGGUAGUUUAAUCCUGCUGUGUUCUCUUAUUUCAUGUUUGGAUUAUUGAGUUAGAAGAGAGAGAUAAUGCAGAUCAAAGUGACACCUAACGUCCUCUUCGUGUUGCGUUACUUAAGGAAGGAAGCCAUUUCGCCCUAGACCAAUGAUACGCUGACUGUGCGCUGCUGUGGCCGUACACACACCAACGUUUUCUUUUGAAAUCUGUCUUUUGAACGUACACACACGCUCCCCUUCUGGUAAGGUUUUCUCUGUUGCAGGCAUCGCUGAGCACUUUACUGCACCAGGAAAGAGUCAACAAUCUUCUGUCAGCCAGCAGCAGCCGAUAAAAGCUACAGUAGAAACCUUUCAUAUCGUAGGAUAGACUUUAGACCCACACUUGAAAAGAUGCUAAGAGUUGUGCUCCAAGACUUGAAAUCCCUUACAACAAAUGGAACUACCUGGAAUCAGUGACUUAUUAUCAUCCAGACCUGGGUAUCAAAGAGUUUUCAUUCCCAUACAAUGAAGAGUUUCAGUACCAUGACAAACAUACAAAGAAAUAUGUUUGUGUUUUUAUACAAAACUCUUAUUCAAAAAUCUAAUUAGUAAAUAGAUUUGCACCAUAACAAGAUCAAAGUUUGAUACUCAGUCUGGCUUUUCAAAGUUAUUUGAUGUAUUCUUUUAUUUGACUCCCUUCCUUCCUUGGUGGAUAUUUCCCUCUUGUAGCAUAACUCCUAGUGUUUAACGCAGCAGAAGAUGAGUUGUCUCAUAUUAAACACACUGAAGUGUUGAAAAGUGACACGAGUGUUUGCAGCAGCUCUUCUUCUGUCAUCUCUUUAGGAGCGCGGGACUAAAGGUCAAACUAACGUAGGAGAUUAGGACGUGAAGACAUUUGUAGUUUUUGAGUGUUGAAUUUAGUUUAUUUCAAUUGUUGUUGAUGUGAGGCUUUAGUGUCCAGUCUUUAUGCAACAGCGCCCUCCGCAGGGACCCAACCAAACCACAGCCAAAACUCCCGAAGCUGACUCAGCGUAAUUUAGUGGAAGAAGAGAGAGUCAGAAGGCCAAAAAAGACGUUUUAUAAUCUGAAGCGGUGAGUCCUUUAACACUUUGACGUAUUAUUGUCAUAAGGUCUAUCUGAAGGAUACACGUGUGGGACUCUAAUAUCUCUUUCUUAACAACAAUGAACCCUCAUCAAAUUUGAAUUUUGUUGUCCCUGUUUAAAAAGACAUGGAAGUACAUUUACAAAAAUCCUGAAUUGAACGGUGGAAGUUAACAUUCCUGUUGUUGAACUCGGUCUCAAACUGCUGCAAUACAGAAAAAAGACGGAUCAUCAGAAGUCCUUUCUUUGACUCUCUUCAUCCUUUUGUUCCAGUGUGAUGCACGGUAUAUAUCACAAUGUAAAGAAAUCAAUCUCUUGACCCAAAGCAGCUAAAGGAGUGACGAGUGGAUCAAUCAGAAUAUAAAUCACCUCGUAAUGAGAGUAUAAGCCCCCAAACACAAGUUUAGAUAAUUUAUUAACCCUCCUUCCCUUUCCUUUUAUUUCCUUUCCCUCCAUCAGUAUUAUACUUGUGUUUGGACCAGGUGUUUCCUCUAGAAAUGGUUUGGGUCCCUGCAGGGUUGCACCGGGUAUCAAAAGGCUGGGCAGGCUCUGAAUAGGGCGUCACAGUAGAAAUAAAUAGUAGAAAUAGUGAUCGUUAUUUAAAAUAAUGUGCCUAAAGGGUGCAUGAGAAGUGAAAGCGUGUAGAACCAAUCUCUCGCUUCAGGGAAACCUGCGCUGGCUGACGAUUCAAAACAAGACUGGAGGAGAGAUGAGGGAAAACAUAAGCCACACUAUAACUGACUCAUCAUGUGCUGCCUACUCACACACAUACACACGCACACACACACACACACAAAGAGGAGAUAACAAUUGAUUUACUUCCAAUGGGUGAUUUAUUCAUAUACACUGAAAAACCGGAAACGUUGUCUUUUAUUAAAUGUAAUGUGUCAACAGAUUUCACAUAAGUGUAUUUAAUUAAAGUCAACGUUUCAGUUUUUUCAGUGUAGAAAUGAUCAUUUAGGGGGUUAAGUAUUCCUUUAAGAGGAGUCGGUUGAGCUUAAUCCACAUUGAAUGUUGUUCAAACACGAAAUGUAUCAGGUUUCUGUCUCCUAGAAAUGUGUCAAAUCCAGCAGUAAUCUGUGUGUGUUUAAACUGGGACACAACUCUUUGAUUUAAACCAGCGUGAAGGCUGAGUGCGUGUGCGUGCGAGUGUGUGUGUGUGUGUGUGUGUGUGUGUGUGUGUGUGUGUGUGUGUGUGUGUGUGUGUGUGGGAAAGACCCUGGGAAAGACCUCCAGCUAUCUAGACAAAAACUAAACAAACACACACAGGUGCACCAUCACACACACAUAUCUUUGUUAUUGUGGACCACACAAGAAAACAUUGUAUCCAACACACACCCACAGUCCCCCUCCUCCUCUCUGAACGAGCUCUUCCUGUUACCUAGCGAUGCCUGCUGUCCAAUGACAGAGCUCCUCUCCCCCAGCCUUCGCUCCCAUUGGCUGGCUGUUUUUUUUCGUGGUCUCCUUGGAAGCGUCUUUAUUUUUGUUGCUAUGUCGUAAAUGUGCCUGCCUGCGCUGAGACGGGCGAAACGUGAGUGGCUAGUUUGGGCUGUCAAUCAUCCCAUGCCACGCCUCCUUACUGUCUCAGAGGAUGCUGAUUGGAUGAUGAUGAUGAAGAUGUUUUUGAUAGAGCGUUGCAAUACACCUACUAUUUGCCUUUUUGAUAAUAUUAGUCAUAUUUUAACGUAGUGUUCUUAAAUGUACCUUUUUUAUUGUUGUUGUUAUUAUUGUUGUUUAUUCACUUGAGAACAAAACCAUUUUUCUUCGAUCCAUUUUCACACAAUGUUUUUGGGGUGUAAAGCGACCUACCACAGGAAAGCUGCAGAUGAUUGAGAGGAUGUGUAAAUACAACACUUCUGUUUUCAAAGUGCCAUUUGUAGUUUCAAGAGCAACCCAUUCGUGCACUCCUUUCAUUCAGUCCUGAGGUCAAAAUGCACUCAUUGCAUGUAAACAGGAAGUGCGCUACUUCCUGAAUCAUCGGCUCUCCUCCCCUGGCCAGCGUCUACAUGUGUGCCUUCUGCUGGUGGGGGGGGCGGAGACUCCCCUCUGCAAUGACCCCCUCAAUACUCUGUAAUAAUACGGUUGCCUUUUGACACCGACAGCACCAACAUAUUCAUCAAAUACUUCAAAUAACACGGCCAGGAUGUAAGGAAGUCUAUUCAGGGCAGGAAAAUAUUAAAAAUGGUUUAAAUGUGAUGAAUGACACCAAAAAAAACGAUACAUAGAAACUCUAUUUGUUGAUAACUUGGGAAAAGUGAACAUCUGUAAAUCCAUUAACAAUGCAUAAACAAACAUCCGCUGAAGACGUUUUCUAUAAACGCUCACAAAGCAGCACAGAGUUGGUGGAUUGUUUUUGAUAAGAAAUACUCAAAAAGAGGAUUCAUAAGGGGAAAUUGUGAUUUUGAAAGUCAAAACUACUAGAUUUGCAAUCUUUUUUACUAUGUCAUAAUAUUGACAACAACAAAAGUUGCAUCUUUGAAUUAGUAUCUGAUACAUUUAAGUAUUUCAUUUAUUUUAUUUGUCUUGCAUAAGAUUAGCUUUGUUUCUCUUUUCUUGGCACAAAUGGGCUUCCAUAGUGAUACGAGUUUCUUAUGCUGCGUUCCAGAGAAAGUCGGACCCUUCAAACUGUUGUUAUUUUCCACAUUCUUUCAUGUAAGGUUGAAGUAACGAUGACCUACCAGUGCAGAUGUGUAUUGUGUUUCCGACAUGUAAUGGAACGCAACAUAAGAAACAACGUUACAAGUGAAAUACACAGAAAUAAGUGUCUGGCCUCAAACACAUUAAAGACAUGUCCAAAGAAGGAAUCCUCCUGAACCCGACUCUUGGACAAGAGUUACACCUGACUUGAACUUCCUUUUUUUUUCUUGGGUUAAACACUUUGCUUUACAAUUUCCAUUUUCUCCAGUUCCUGUAACUCUUAAAAAGUCUUUGAGUACACAAUAACACACACACUUGUUUUAAAGAGGAGCGGUGCUGGAGAAAAGAAGUUGUGAAAGAAGCAGUUUUCCUCCUUUGUGUUCUUGCUCAUUCUGCCUCUUUGAAUCAGCGCUGCGCAGCGCCUUUCCUCUGACAAUGUUGAAGAAAAUAUACGAAAAAACACUCUUUUUGUUGCAAUAUGUGUGCAUAUUUAAGCAAAACCUCAAUAUCUUACAGGCAGUGACUAUUGUAGAAGUCUUCCACCUGUUGUUCACUUUGAUCCUGCAAGCAUCUUCAAAAUGUAAUGUGGGACAUGUAGUUCAUUCUGGUUUCAGUGUAGAAAAGGUUCAUCCUUCCUUCCCCUGAAGUGGAAGGAAGGUGGAGUUGAAAUCUGUUCACAGCAUGGCUCACACUCUUAUAUACAGGCCUACUUAUCCUCAAUGGUAAUAACUGCUUACUUGUGUAUUAAAACCUGUUAUUUUAUUUAUAUUGGGUGGUCUACGUGCUGCAAGGUUUGUUAUGUUGUUGUUUGUCUUCUGUUUGUUUCAAACUGAAGACAAUGGUUUAUCGUUGUUGUCACAGAACAUGGUGUGAAUCGGACACAUUUCAGUUAGCCUUCGAUUUAAAAAAUGAAUAAAAAAGUUUUAUAAAUAUG